AGACUUAUAACUCGUUCAUGACAUUUCAACUGGGUAUAACCAUUUGCACAGCAGAGAAAGCAGCCAGAAGCUUUGAUUAAAAACUUAUUUUAUAUUUACCUCUUUCAGCUUGUAAAAUUGCUGAAAUGCAUCGUCUUAUGUCAUUCGUAAUUCAUCAUAAUUCUGGAGAGUUUUCUGUUUAUAGAAAGUUUUAAGAAUCCCCCAGCAUGUUUAUAGUUCUUCAGUUAUGUUUACAGUGUUCUUCAUGAAUCAUUUUUCAUUUUGUUCACAGAUUUUAAAUUAUUCACGUAUUUAUGGUGCUGGAAAAGCACAUGCUCAAAGGUUGUUAAUGCAGUUUAAUCAUCGCUUGACUUUAGAUGAAGCCAAACAGAAAGUUAAGAAAAUGUAUUCUGAAACUAAAGGCAUCCAAAAAACUGUUGUGGGUGAGGAUGAAAUAAGUGAUGAUGGUUAUAUUUUUACUCCUGGUCCUCAAAGGCGCAUAUGGGUAGGAGGCAGUGAAUCCCACAUGUUUAAUAAACUUGAAGAAAUUGCUCUUUCUCAAAAGCCUAGUACACCAGCAUUGAAUUGCAGAAUAAGUCGCGCUUUAGAACCAAAAGCUGUUGACAAAAAUUUCAUGCCUAGUCGCAUUAACUGGGUGGUGCAAAGUUCUGCAGUGGAUUUCUUGCAUUUGAUGUUAGUUUGCAUGAAAUGGCUUUUCACAGAAUUUAAUAUCAGUGGCCGUUUUUCUAUAUGUAUACACGAUGAAGUUCGCUACCUUGUAAAGAGUGAAGACAGAUACAGAGCAGCAUUAGCACUUCAGAUUACGAAUCUUUUAACUCGAUCUUUCUUUACUUCAAGAUUAGGAAUGUAUGACUUACCACAGUCAGUAGCAUUCUUUAGCUCAGUAGACGUAGAUACUGUUUUGAGAAAAGAAGUAAACAUGGAUUCAACAACACCAUCUAAUCCCCAUGGAUUGCAUAAGGGAUAUGGAAUACCACCAGGAGAAGCUCUAGAUAUUUUUGAAAUUCUUAAGAAGACAGAUGGGAAUUUAUUUAACACUGAGAAAUAAAUAAUUAUUUGUAUGUAACUGUAAAUAUUAUUUUUCUGAUUAGUUUCUGAAAACAAAUUUGUUCUGUAUAUUUUUUAUAUAAAUUAUUUUCUAAAAGCUUGGCAUGUAUGAUUUUAAUAAUGAACAUAAAACACAAAGUCAUCCAUUAAAGUAAAUUAUAUUUUUUUAUUCUAACGUGAAAUUCCACUAGGUAAAAUGUAGUAGUAGUUCUUAUAAUUUGCAAAAGUGCUGCAUGCCAAUUCAAGGAGGAGGAAGAAUUAAUUUCCUUUGGUUUCUUAAUUUGGCAGAUAAAUUUUAUGUAAUUCUUCAUUUUUGUAUUUACCUUUAUCUUUUCUUUUACAAAAUUUUGUACCAUUCAAAGUAGUUUGAUGUUCCUGGUCUCUAAUAUUUGUUAAAAUUUUUAGAAAUAGGAAUGUAUAAUUUUAUUGUCAUAGUAUAAAUGGCAAACAAAAAUUUAAAAAAUAAACCAAUAUCUUGCUGAAAGAACUGAAAGAUUUAGAUUUUUUCCUAAUUUAGAUAUUUUUGCAUGACUUAUAUGUAGUAUUUAUAUACACAUAUAUUUUACCCUAAAUCCAGUUUACCGGGAUACCCCAAAAUUUACCCAGUAUAAAGUAAUUUAGAUCUUAUAUCAAAAUAAUAUAUAGACAAAUAACUUUACAACAAGUGAGCGGAGGGGGGAGAAAUAAAUUGUGUAACGAUGUUUGUUUUUUAAUAAUUUUAAAGUUUUUUUUCCUAAAAUGUUGUCUUCAUUGUCAUCAAGUUGUUGAUUUGCCUGUUCAUGAUAUCCAUAGUGGGAAAGCUUUCCUUACUGUCUAGCUUCUCAUCUGCUGUAAACUGUUCAUUAAUCACAUCUUGUAGCUGCUCCAUGUAAAGACCCUUUGAUCUGCAAUUCUGGUUCUUUUACCAGUUCAUAAGCAUCAUCAUUACCCUUCUUUAUAUCAAAGGAACAUUCUCUGAAAUACUAUUUCUUCCACCACUGCAGCAUUCAGUUCAGGCUUCUGUAAGUCUUAGAUUGUUGUAUUAAACUGGCCAGCAAUUCAUCCAUGCAGAUCUUUUUUUUUUUUUUUUUUUUUUUUUUUUUUUUUUUAAACCUUAAUCUCCAGUCUUGUUUAUAAUCUUUAGGUAGAGAAAUGUUCUUACUAAAAAUUUUUGAAUUUCCAAAAUUCAAAAAUUUGGAUAGUUUCUUGAAACUGAAGAUUACUUAUUGAUCCAUAGGCUGGAUGAGAGUAGUAGUAUUAUAAGAAAGAUUCCCACUUUGAUGAAGUUGUAUUUAGCACUAAAAUCUUCUAAUCUUAGGUGGUAAAAGUUGCACUAUUUCAUAUCAAAAGGGGUUUUUUUUUUUUUUUUUUUUUUUUUUUUCCAGAAACAAACUUUUCUCUUCCAAAAAUUUCUUAACACUAGAGACAAAAACAUCAUUAAACCAUCCACUAAAAACUGCUAAGUUACUCAGGAUUAGAAUUUUCCCUUAACAUUACACCCUUAACAUCUUUUCUUGUGAAUUUUUUUUUUUUUUUUUUUUUUUUUACUUUUUUUUAUUAAUGCAUUUAGGGAAAAUAAACUAGCAGAAAUUUUACCUUGAAGUCCCCAUUAGCACAUAGAAGAAGGGUUAAUAUAUUAUAGGCUUAAGUAUUGUUAAGACUCCUCUUUCUUUGUAAUGCAAGUGCUCUUUGACAUUUUCUUCUAUAGAAAAGACUCAGCUCAUCUUGUCAUAAUUGAAUAAAAAAAAAA